UGAUAAGAUGUUACUAAUCUGAUUUGUAAAAGUCGUUAGUUAUUGUUAAACAAGUUGGGUCAUUGAUGCUGUUAAGAAAUUGUUUCUUAAAACAAUAAGUUUUCAACUAGACGGGUAGUCGGUAGCAAUAGAUGAAGCAAACGAUAAAAAAUAUUGUUAUCAGUCGAAUAAUAUUUUGCAGAUGUUUUAGAAGAAAACAAAAAAAGAAAAGCUAAUGUGACAAGAAAGACAGAUAAUGCUGGAGUAUGUGAAAUGGCCUGUUUUGGGAUAUUUAGCAAUAUACCUGGGGCUUGUCAUAAUCAGAAAUCCCCACUUGAAAUACUCCUCCAAGGAUCUCUCAUCUGCAAAAAGAUCUUGCGACAUCGACAGGAAAGUUGACAUAUCCGACAGCCGCCUCAGCAACUUUGACAGUGACAGCAGCGAGCGCAACUUGGACACCAGUGAGAUGCUAACUGUGGACCGAGUGUUUCCUUUGACUAAAACGUUAAAUCGAGCGAUGGACAAAAUAUUUAGAAAACUCUCCUUGCUUGUGACCUUGGAAGAUAAAAAAACACUCUCUCUAACAGACGAAUACCUGAAUUUAACUUAUUUCGAAGACAGCAACAAUGAAACCGAACACAAGGUGUUUGGAAGAAAUGCAUAUGUGUCGCGGUUAGACUCCUUGAAGAGAGUCGGGAACGCUUUUAUAUCCGAGGAUACAGACACGAAGAUAGUUAUCGUACAGAAACUUCAGUUUCAAGUGUUGAAGGAAAGCUAUGACUUUUACAGUGAGGAUUCAUCGUACCUAGGAGGAUGUUCGUUCACUUUCACCAACAACGCUUUUCAACUUGUGAUAGAGUUGUCGACGAGCUAUGACAACAGUGAUUGUAGCGUUAAACGGGUCAACUUCAAUUGUAUAUCUGAUAAGUCUAUGUCAUUAACAGUGGAGGGGUUGAGUGGCACUGAAGGAUUGUAUCAGAAACUAAAAACUUUACUUUAUGGACAUUUUGUCGCAAAAGUACUUCCGGUGAUUGAGAAUGCAUUGUUACCAAGCCUAAUGACUCUUAUUGACCAAGCUGAUGUGUGUUCUUACUUUGAUGCGAGAGAUAAAGAUUCUGUUGACAGAUAACAAAAUGUAUGUGUAAAAUGUCAAACAUAUUAUUAUAGUUUAGUUUUAAUAUUAUAAACUUCCUUUGCUUAACCUUUAAGAUCCUAAGGUAAACUUUUGAGCCCUGUGU